CCAUUUGUCAGUUUUUUGUCUUUUGUCAGUGUCGUCCUCUUUAUUUUUUCUUGUUUUCCUGUCAAAUGAAAUUUUUCUAGUAACUUGUAAAUAGUGUUAAGGUUCAUUUUGUUUAUAUAAUGUUUUCAUACAUUUGAAAUUGUUAAUAAAGGUGUUUUUUUAUGAGAUGGCUUCUCUCUCUUUGCCUCGAGUGCUUCAUCCAAGGAAAACCAGCCUAGAAAUAGAGAGAGAAAUCUUUGAAAAGUCACAGGCUCAAGCACUACAGAAAGCGAUAAACAACAACGAGACUCCCGUAAAACAGAAACAUGUUCGCUCAGCCAUCAUCGGUACCUUCCAUACUCAGAGCGCUAAAAUAUUUUGGGCGUACGCUCUACGUCUUCCCGCAAUGGAUGACAGGAUUGUGGCAUGGAAAUUGUGCCACGUCGUACACAAGGUGCUAAGGGAGGGUCAUCCGCUUUGUCUGGUAGACAGUCAAAAGCAUAAACAUGAAUUGGACGAAAUAGGAAAACUGUGGGGGCAUUUAAAAGAAGGUUAUGGAAGAAUGAUUAAAUUAUAUACGGCUUUAUUGAUAAAUAAAUUGGAAUUUCACAAAAGGAAUCCGAGAUUUCCCGGGCAUUUGGGCGUUACAGCUGACGAGCUGGAAUCUAUUGCCGGGAAUGAUAUAAAUAAUUAUUUUGAAAUGACUGUUGAAAUGUUUGAUUAUUUGGAUCACAUAUUGGACUUACAAGAAGCAGUGUUUGGUUCCCUAAACAUGGCCAGAUCGAAUUCAAUGACGAGCGCUGGACAGUGCCGCCUAGCCCCUUUGAUCGCUUGUAUACAGGACGCCUCGAAAUUAUACGACUACUGCGUUAAGAUAAUGUUUAAACUGCACAUGACCCUCCCUCCUGAUACCUUGUCGGGUCAUCGAGAAAGGUUCUUGAAACAGUUCAGACUGCUGAGGAAAUUCUAUGAGAGCACCAGCAACAUGCAGUAUUUCAAGGAUUUGAUAGCGAUACCGCCUUUACCUGAGAAUCCUCCUAAUUUUCUAAUAAUGGGGGAUUUUAGAACGUACGUUACCCAAGAGGUGGUGGUUCCACAAGAACCAGAACACGAGGAAGAACCUCUUAUUGAAGCCAACCUUAUCGAUACUACUGACGAAGCGCCUAUCCAAGAAGCUGUUAAUAACCACAUGCUACUUGCCGCCCAAGACGAACUUAUUAAGGAAAGAGAGUUUUUGAGGGCUCAAUGUGAAAAAUUGAGGCACGAAGUAACCGCCAUCAUAAGACGAAACGAAAAAGACGUUACGAAAUUACAAAAUAAAAUUGGACAUUUGGAGACUGAACUUGCCACCAAAGAGAGCGAACUCGUUCAAGAACGUCACGUCAAAGAGGAUUUGUUAAACCAAUCGUUUGCUGUUGCGCAAACGCAGGAUUCCGAACAAAAAGUAAAAAAUGAAAAAUUUGACAAACUUAAAGAGCUUUACGUAAAAUUAAGGGAUGAACACAUUCAUAAAAUUAGAGAGAAAGCUGAAGUGGAAAAAAAACUCGUCGGUGCCUUGAAAACUAUUGAACGGCUGUCCGAAUUAGAAAGAGAAAACGAACGAUUGCAAGAAGAUGAAAAACAAAAAUGUACCGAGCUCUCUGCCUUACAAAAAGAUAAGGAACUUUUCAAUAUGGAGACUGAAAUACUCAAAAAAAGUGUGAUAGACGCGUGCCGAGAAAAAGAUAACGUGAAAACCGAAUUAGCUAUGAUAAUUCAAGAGAAAGAGGAGCUUAAAAAGUCUUCAGAGCAGUUGUCUUACAAGCUUUUGGACCUAGAAAGGCAGUUAGACAAAGAACAAAAAGAAGUACAAAACAAACUAAAAGAAAUGGUUACCAGAUGUGUGGAGAGCAGCGAAGGGAUACUGCAGCAUGCUAUCGAAGAAGUCGACAACCCAGCAUUGACUGCGUUGACUUGCACUCCUGAUUACCUUAGAAGUUUAACGAAAGGUUGUAAAGAGUCAUUAGAAGAAAGCAACAAUAUUUCUAGUACAGAUUAUGCUACAAUCGUGACAGUUGCGAACAGGCUGGCACAUAGACAUGCGACUUAUAUUUUACAAGGAAGAGCCACUUGUAAUACCAGUCCAGAUAUCACGUUUGGUGAAAAAGUGGCAGAAGCUUGCAAAGUUCUAGGAAAAAUUGUUCUUAAACUUCUACAUUCGUUAAAACAAAACGACAACACUGAAGAAAUUGUCAAAGAAGCGAACGAGAAAUUAGAAGAAUUAGCGUCAUUGGCCGAUAGUAUUAGCGCUUCUCUUUUAGGAGAAAAAGCUGAAACCCUUGCCGAUAUGUUGGAGAGCGAAAUGAGUGCUAUGGAUAAGGCAAUUGAAGAAGCUGCAAAUCGAAUACAGGAUAUGUUGACCAGGUCACGGGCAGCAGAUUCUGGAAUAAAAUUGGAGGUGAACGAGAAAAUUUUAGAUUCUUGUACGACAUUGAUGCAAGCUAUUAGGUUAUUAGUUCAAAAAUCGAAGUUUCUGCAAGCAGAAAUUAUCGGUCAAGGGCGGGGGACGGCAAGUGCAAAAGAAUUUUAUAAAAGAAACCAUCAAUGGACUGACGGGUUUAUUUCGGCGGCCAAAGCGGUUGCAGUAGCAGCUAAACUUUUAUUGGCCGCUGCUGACAAAGUAGUUAUCAGUAACGGUAAACUGGAACAAUUGGUAGUGGCUGCUCAAGAAAUAGCUGCUUCUACAGCUCAACUAGUUGUAGCCAGUCGCGUAAAGGCUGAUAGAAAUAGUAAUAAUUUACAACAGUUGACGCAGGCGUCUAAAGGAGUUACCACGGCGACGGGUGCAGUUGUCGCCACUGUUAAAGAUUGUAGCGAACUUAUAGAUGAAACUGAGGAACUUGACGUUACGAAUUUGACCCUUCAUCAGGCCAAGAGACUAGAAAUGGAUUCCCAAGUACGAGUUCUAGAGCUAGAAAAAGAAUUGGAGCAGGAACGAUACAGGCUAGCGAAGCUUAGGAAACACCAUUAUCAAUUGGCAGGAGAAAAUGAGACUUGAAUCGUUAAAUGUUGAUAUAUAUAUUAAAGACAUACCUGCACGUUAUCUAACUAUUUAUUAACAUAGAUCAUAAGUAAAAUGGUAAGAAAGAAAAUUCCGUUGUCUAUAUAUGACGAGUUUUUCUCUCAACAGUUGUUGGUGUUGAUAUAUACAAUUGUAGUUUAUAUAAAUUCAUUUUACCAUUAAUAUAUUUUAUAUGUUUGUAUUCAUUGGAUUUAUAAUGUAAUAUUUACACUAUUAAAUAUUAAAUUAUUGUAUUAAAUUAAUUAAA